AUGGACCCCAACGGAGAAGCAGAAUUCUUGAACGUGCUUGUGUUGGCAAGCUUGUUCUACAACACUCUCAAGUCAUUUGACAACAUUCACAGCUCGUUGAACGACUUCAAGGAUGAGAGGGUUUACCUUGCCCAGCUCGGUAUUGAGCAAGCAAGACUUUUGAUCUGGGGCGAGCAGAUGGGCAUAUUCUCUUUGCCGCCCUCAUUGACCUCUCUCGAGACCGAGGAGGGUAGAGAGAACAUGACGCCUCGCGACCCUCGUCUCGACGAUGACGAGGUCAGAGUCAACCUUGAGGGUUUGAUGAACAGCAUUAUCCACACCCUGAGCAACCCCAACGACAACGACUCCGAUCUUGAUACCACCGGUCUCAGACCCCUGCCUCGCGGUGGCGCACAAGCACUGGAGCAGCCUGCCGCUGACCUGACCCGUAUGAAGAACUUCGAAAACUCUUACAACCACCUUCUCCAGUUGGGUUCUGGGAAGGUGUCGGUCANNAGACCAAGCUCGCUUGCGUCGCAGCAGUGGGUCAUCCACGACACCCUUCGCUUCUCCAACUUCGUCAAGUCUACUAAGCGUCAGGUCGACACGCUCUUGCUGGCCCUGAACAUCAACGACAGAGUUGAGAACAUCCUGCUUGGUGACAUCCGUGAUCUGGGCAAGCACUCCGGUGGCUCCCCCGGCAGCAGACCUUCGCCGCUGGCAGUCAAGGACAUGGCCAAGCUGAAGCUUCUCAUUAGAGCAUGCAAAGGUCGCUACCCAGCCCUCUUAAACGAGGCUCAGCAGACAUUCAACAACCUCCAGAAGGGCGUCAGCGCAGAACACGACAUGGCUGCCAAGGUGCACAAGCUUCUUGAGCCCGUUCACCCCGACUCAGCAGUCGCCAGCGCAACGAACAGUGGCACCGCAACACCCGAGAAGAGACCUGGCUUCAUCCGUAGAUUGAGCACACAGACAUGGAACAAGUUGCCCGGAAGAAAGACACCUAGCUCGAGCAGACCCAGCUCACCCGAGAGGCGCAAGUCACUUGGUGGACGCAAGACACCGGCAGCCAGCAGACCUGCUAGUCCCAUAGGCGAGUAG